CCAUCAAUUAAUGCAUGUGAAAUUUGAAAAAUGUGUUUAUCACACACAAAUUAACAAAGCAUAGUUCCAUCAUCAUCCACACAACCCAACCACUUCAAGCCACAUCACCACCACCAUACCUUCCACGGCGUUUCACACCGCAAACCCACCCACCCUCCCUCCCUCCUCCACUCUCAUCACCAUUCUCCAAUCUCACUCUUUCUCUCUAACCAUGACAGAACCAAUAGAACCUUCCACAUCACACGCUCCCACCAUGAUCCACCCACGCCGCGAACCAUUCGAGCACGGCCUAAUCCCCAUCCCAAAACUAAUCUUCUCCGACCCCACACAAUCCCUCCUCACCCUUAAACAAACCCUCCUCGCUUCCUCCUCCAACAACCUCAUCUCCUCCGCCAUAAUCUCCGAUUCGCUUCAGAUCUCAACCGAACACGCUCAACUCCUCCUUGAUACUCUCUCCUCCGUGGUUCACCAUGAAAACGACGUCGUCUUUGAUGGUGCUGAAUGUGAUGUUUAUGAUCUGAUUCUGUUGCUUUAUAUUCAAUCGUAUAAAAAAUUGCUUCCGCGUUCGAAUAAAGAUCCUGCUUCUGUUGCUGAUGUUUGGCCUUCUACUUCUGCGUUUGAUGGUUACUUCUCUGCUCUUUCUCCUCUUCAGCUUAUGCGCAGCAAUAGUCGGCGUUUUAUGCCAUCGCAGGCUGAUGAAGAGGCACAUCAGUUGUCUUAUCUGCAAAAGCACCUGGCUAACAUUCUAUCUCUUCUAGCUGAGCCAGGGGAGGAGGGGGAAGGCGAAGAAUCAAAGGUUUUAACUAUGGAUAGAUUUGAGCACCUUGGGUUCCUGCUUCAGUUUGGCGAUAAGGCUGAAGGAAUUCGUUUGAGUCAAUCUUCUCCUUUCUUUGCAAAUUCGGAUCCUGAGAUGCCUGCGGUUCCCGUCCCUGUUAGUCAAGUUCAUGACUGGCUUAUGCAAAAUAUAGCUUCUGCUUUGGAACAUAUUUCUGAAAGGACUUCUGCUAAGGAAAAUGGGCCAGCCAGUGCCGCUGAUCAGGAUGUUGCUAUGACUGAUGCAUGCUCUGUCUCGGUUAAGUUGUCAUCAAGUACCAGGGAUUCAUGUUCCAUUGAAGGGAUCACUAAAUCUUCUUAUGUGAAGCAUGCAUCUGACAUAAAAGGUUCCUCUGUUAAGGUUCUAAACUGCCAAGAGUCUACCAUCUAUAUCUUAGCACCUUUAAGAUAUGCCAUUGUCUAUGGAUGCUCAGAUGCUACAAUUGUUCUUGGAGCAGUUGGCAAGACUGUGAGAGUAGAACACUGUGAAAGAGUUCAUGUGAUUGUAGCCUCAAAACGUAUUUGCAUUGCCAACUGCCGUGAAUGUGUUUUCUUUUUAGGAGUGAACCAGCAACCUCUUAUGGUUGGUGAUAACCAUAAAUUGCAGGUGGCACCAUAUAACACAUGUUACCCCCAAUUGGAGGAGCACAUUAAUGAAGUUGGAAUUCUGCCCACCGUGAACAGAUGGGAUGAAGCUCUGGCUUUGAGCAUGCUUGAUCCUCAUGAUUCAUUAUCUCAUCCAGCUGGUGUCUCUGAUGUUCAAGCCGAGUCUGCUACACGCCUGGACCCUGAUCAGUUCACAAAUUUUGUGAUUCCAAACUGGCUUGCAGGAGCGUCCACGGGAUCUACAAAAGACAACCCAUUUGCAUUACCAGAUGCAUAUGCGGCGUCUCAACAUAAAAAUCAAAAUAAUCUAGAAGAGGUAAGGAAACUUAUACACGAAGCUUCUUUAGAAGAGAGUCGUAAACGAGAAUUGUCAUCUGUGCUUCAUGUGUACUUCAAGGACUGGUUAUAUGCUUCAGGGAAUAUUCGUCAACUUUACUGUCUGCAAGCGGAUUAAUCAUUGGCAGAGGAUAUGCUAUGACACACUUGAUGACAUUAAAGGCGAUAGUUUUUGGUUUCCUUUUUGAUACUUCAAUUUCGCUUGCCAAUUGCAUCGGUCACACAGGCAGCUGAGAUCAGAUGACAUGAAUUAGAGCGCUCCACCUACUUAUGCAGUCCGAUAGAUCACUCUGCACAGGAUGGAACUAAAAUACAAUCAGUUUCCUGAUUGUAAUGAUAUUUUUGUGAAGUAAAUGCUGUAAUAUUUUAUUAUUCUAAAUUAAUGGCCUUUUAAAAAAGAACGUCGUCAAGAAAAUAUUGAAGAUUUUUUUUUUUGAAUUUUUAACAUAAUCCAUUGUAAAUAGAAGCGUAA